UCAUGCUACUUCAGAAAUUAGCAUUUUUCAUAAAAAGAAAAGUCAGGUCUGUACUUUGGUGGCAACGGAGCAUGAAAAUUAUCAUCAGAAUGCUCAUCAAUCGUCAUCCAAUUGCAUCCCCACAGGCAGACGAUUGACCGACCAAGAAGAAUACACGCAGUGGAGGAAGAAGAAGAAAAAAAAAAGCAGCAAAAAGAAGAGGCAGGAACUAGAAGACACGAUGCGUUCGCAUGAUCUCCGCGUGAAUCGGAGAGGCGAAUUCAGAUAAACGCUCGUCGACAAGCGCGGCCGUUGAGCGCCGGCAUCGGCGUCGGUCGAGCGAGCUGCGGAUCCGCCGCCGCGGGCGAUUGUUAUGGCCUCCCGGCAACAAAGGGGGAUCGCCCGCCAGUCCGCAUGGCCAGAUCUCCCGCCGGAGCUGCUUGAGCGCAUCGUCGCCGUCCUCGCCCCGCGCGACCGCGUCGCCGUCCGCCUCGUCUGCGCCUCCUGGCGAGCGUGCGUGCGGGACUUCUUCCCGACCGACCUCCCGUUCGAGGCUCCGCGCCUCCUCCUCCGCCGUCCGGGCACCGGCGGCGGGCUGGCCUUCUUCAGCCUCCAGCGCCGCAAGAUCCUGCCUUUCACGCUCCCCGCGAACCUCAGCGCCGGACGCUGCUGCGGCCACAUCGGCGGCUGGCUCGCCAUGGCCUCGGACGCCGACCGCUCGAUCCUCCUCUGCAACCCCGUCUCCGGGAAAUCCAUCUCCUUGCCCCCGCCUCCGGUGUUCCCCGUGUCAAAGAUGGUGCUCUCCGGGCCCCCGACCUCCAGAUGCUGGGUCGCCGCCGCGCUGGGCCGGACAGGCACAAUCGUGCUGUUCCAGCCGGCCGUGUCCAGCGCCUGGAUGACCAUCGGCGUCAACGAGGGCGCCCAGCACGGCGGGUUCAGGGACAUGGCCUUCUGGAGCGGCCGCCUGUGCGCGCUGGGCUACGACGGCGCCGUCCUGGCGUUCCGCGGCGACCUCCGCGCGCGCGCAGCGGCGGUGUCGCUGCUGCGGGAAGCGGAGCACCCGGUGGGCGCGCUGGCGGCGGGGCACUGGCGGGUGUACCUGGUGGAGGGCGACGGGGAGCUGCUGGUGGUGAGGAAGCUGUACAUGGUGCGGCGGAACAGCGAGGCGGUGGACCUGGAGGUGGAGGUGCACGUGCUGUCGUCGGCGACGGAGCGCAAGUGGGAGCUGGUGGAGGAGAUGCCCGGGCGGGCGGUGUUCGCGGGGUCGGUGGUGUCGGCGGCGGUGCCCCUGGAGCUGUACCCGGCGGCGGGGCUGCGGGAGAGCUGCGUCUACUUCGCGCGGCGGGAAGUGGAGAUGCUGGCGCCGCACGCCAUCUGCGAGUACUCGAUGAUGGAUGAUGAGAUGAGGACCGUGCCCAUCGCCGGCGGCCACUCCGCCGACGUGGAGCCCGUGUGGAUCACCCCAUUCGUCUGACUCUGGCCGAGAGUAGGCGAUCAGGCGCCCAGGAAUAAAAACCUCCCUUCCCAUCCAUUGUAUCCAUGUUUUCUUCUCCCGAGGAGGAGGAAGACUCUCUGUUUUUUGUUUAUUAGAGAUUUAUUAUUACUGCUUUUGCUUUUCGCUCAAGGGCGGUUUUUGUGCCAUGACAAGAAGAUGAUGGCCGGCUGAAUUGUAAAUCUUGACAAAUCGGUCCUGAUGCAAGGUAGUACUACCCUUGAACAUGGUCGAAUUCUGAAAACAGGCUGAAAUGUUGCCAUGGUCGGGAUGUUGGAAAUUGAAUCGGCGCUGCCGCUGGCACUGGAAUUGUGGAAUGAAUAAACUUGCCUGACCAGCCCAAUCGGCGCUGGAAUUGAUAAAUGUGACGUGUGCGCAAAACUGAAGAUUGCUCUUUUUUUUUAUCAUGAUCAUCAGAAGAACUCGAUAGCUUACCUAUAUAAGACAAUGAUGAUGAUAAUGUGGUACUCUAUCGUGAUCCAACAGUACUUCAUCAGCUGUCAACACAAAGACAAUAUAAUCACCGUAGGUCAUGCAUGAUUUUGAUCAAAAGUCAGUGGAUCGUUCAAGUAGUUCACUAACAGGAAAUCUUGCAACUCGAACAAACACAACAAAGCUGGAGCUGGAAGAAGGUGAACAAACACAACCGAUCGCGGAUGACCAUGAGAUCUUAAUUAAGGCCCAAAAGAUAAUAAAAAGGGCAGCCAUUUAGGCCAUUGAGGAGUGGGCCGGGCCACCACCAGCCAGGCCUAGGAGGCGCACGGCGGAGCCCAGUAAGGACUCCGGGUACGGCGACGGCGACGGUGGCGAUUGGUGCGAUGCCAAGGGCGGAAGAAGCGAAGAAGAUAGGUCGGGGGAGGGUCAUCACUCACCAGGGAUUCAUCAGGGGAGGGGAGGGACCAAGAAGGGAAGACCAAGACCACCAACCCAGCAGCAGGGCACAACUACCACAAGGCAGUGUCUGCGGCGGCGGACGGCAUUCGGGAGCGGAGAUGAAGGCCACGCUCAAGGGCCGCUACGAGGGCGACAAGGCUACGGCCGCCACCACUCUCGCCGCCCCCGCCGGCGACCUCCGCUUCAAGGCCUCCGCCACCGAGGCCGCCUUCGCCAACGGGCCUUCCCUCCGGGGCCUCACCCUCACCCUCGAGAAGCCCGGCGCCUUCCUCGUCGACCUCAAGCCCCACAACCAGGAUGUGCGCUUCCAGUUCAUGAACUCCGCGCUCGUGCUCGACAAGCGGGUCAGCCUCACCUACACCCACUCCACCAGUUUCGCCCCGGCCCCCGCGCCCCCCGCCGCCGCGCUGCCCUCCCGCACCGCGCUUGACUGCAGCGUCACCUUCGACCCCGCCAACAAGGUCACCCUCUCCCACUCGCUCGGCUCCGGCGGCUGCCGCGUCAAGUACACCUACGCGCACGGGGUCGACCGCCUCACCACCAUCGAACCCCUCUUCGACACCAACAAGAACGCCUGGGAGUUCGCCGUCACCAAGAAGUUCACCGGAGGAGAUACCGUCAAGGGCACCUACGCCGCCUCCACCAAGCUGUUCGGUCUCGAAUGGAGCAGGGACUCUAUCGCUGGCGGCUCCUUCAAGGUCGGGACGACAUUCGAUUUGUCUGACCAAAGCAAAGCACCAAAGCUAAUAGCAGAGAGCACGUGGAACUACGAGAUAUGAUUUUUGCCUGAGGCAGCAGCAGGCAGCUCCUUAUAUCUCCCCAUAAAAAUGAAAGCGCCCUUCUCAUAUCACACAUACUGCUUGAUUCGUGUAUCCUCCUGAACUAUAGAACUAUUGUUUUUCGGGUCGGCGCGCCCCAUGGUGGUUAAUUUAUAUAUCUGGUUCUGUUGAUCAUUUUUUCGGCUGUCAUGCCAUGGGAGUUUUCACUGAGCUGCGGUCGAAUGAUGCUAUGACACAUUGGAUUCUGAGAAUUAAUGAAAGCCAGUAUGGUCUGUGUCCUUGGUGUUU